AAACCCAAAAAACCAACCGAGAGAAAGUGAGAGUGAGUUUACCCUCUCUCAGGGGGGCUGCUGCUGCUGCUGCUGCUACUCAGCUGCCAUAAAAAAAAUUUGUGGUUCUUCCGAGUUUUAAUGAGUGAGAGAAGCUCCACCAUGAAAGCUUACCUUGGCACCUAAUGAAAGCUUACCUUUGAUUCUCUCUCUCUCUCUCUCUCUCUCUAUCUUCUUGAAAGGCCUUAUCUUUGAGAAGGUCGGAAUAUUGGGUUCAGGAGUAGGGGGAGAAAAGCUCUCAUCUUUAUCGUCUCUAACCUUAUAAUAGCUUCUCUUUCCUUUUAACUUCAAAAUCAUUGUAUACUCUAAAACAACAAAAUCCCAUUCCAUUAUUGUUUGCCCUUUUCAACAAAGUCCACACUUUUACUUCUCACCCUUCCUCUCUUUAUCAUUUUGUUCUUUCUCUUUCUACGAACUGUGUGAGGUUUGCGAGGUGUGUGUGUGCGUGUGUGCUUUUAUUGUGUUUUUUCCUCCAUGGAUUCUUAUGAAGCUACCAAGAUGGUGUUUUCAAGGAUCCAAGUCUUGGACCCUGAAAAUGCCUCAAAAAUCAUGGGUUACCUUCUUUUACGGGACCAUGGAGACAAGGAGAUGAUACGCUUAGCCUUUGGACCAGAAACCCUGUUGCAUAAUAUUAUCCUCCAGGCCAAAACCCACUUGGGUCUUACCUCUAAUACACCUUCAACACCUUCCACACCCUCUUCUCCUUCACCUUUUAAUCCCACUUCUAGACCCAACCCCUUGUCCAUUUCUUCCUCAAGAAUCACUUUCAAUAAUGGCUUUGACAUCACAAACCCAUCUUCACCAUCAUCAAAUUCUUGGCCUAUUCUGAGUCCUAGCUCUAGUUCCUCACUCUCUUAUGCUAGUGUUGUUAAUGGAACCAGUAAUAAUCACACCGGUUCCUCAUCUCUAUCAUCUACUAUGUCGUUAUCUAAUGCAUUUCCAUACUACAACAGCAGCAACACUAACAAUCACAGCAGUAGUGAUCUCAUUGAUGAGUAUCAACUUCAAGGCCACUUCUCCUUCCUCAAUGAUUCAAAGACCGAUGAUUUGUUUGAUCCCCGGCUUGAGUUAGCUGUGAGCCCAACGGCAUACGGUGAUACCCAUUUGCAUAGAAGAAGUUUUUCGGUUCCAGGCAUGUGUUAUGAGUGCGAAGAUGCUAAUUCCGGGCUUGGAUGGAAGCCAUGCUUGUAUUUUGCGAGAGGGUUUUGCAAGAAUGGUACCAGUUGCAGGUUUCUUCAUGGGGAGUCAGCUGAUGGUGCUGCCAUUGUUGGCUCACCAAGUAAACUCAGCGAGUUUGAACAGUGCCAAGAACUUCUUAGAUCAAAAGCUGCCGCUACCCAGCAGCAAAAGCUAGCUGCAGCCUCACAGUUUAUGGCCGGAGCUUCUUUUCCUUACAACAAGUGCAUGAAUUUCCUCGUCCAACAACAAAAUGACAGCCAAAGAUCGGCUGCGGCAGCUGCAUUGAUGAUGGGAGAUGAGCUUCACAAGUUUGGGAGAUGCCGCCCUGAAAGGAACGAUUUCUCGCCAUUGGGGCUGGGAGGGGCAAUGAAUCCAGGUUCCAGACAGAUCUAUUUAACAUUUCCGGCUGAUAGCACAUUUAGAGAAGAAGAUGUUUCAAAUUACUUCAGCAUUUAUGGGCCAGUUCAAGAUGUGAGGAUUCCUUACCAGCAGAAGAGAAUGUUUGGUUUUGUUACCUUUGUGUAUCCAGAGACAGUAAAGCUUAUAUUGGCUAAAGGGAAUCCUCAUUUCGUCUGUGAUUCGCGUGUGCUUGUUAAGCCUUAUAAGGAGAAGGGAAAAGUCCCAGACAAGAAGCAGCAGCAGCAGCAGCAUCAACAGCAGAUGGAGAGAGGAGAGUAUUCAGCUUGUUCAAGCCCUUCUGGGCUUGAUUCCAGAGAGCCAUUUGACCUCCACCUUGGAGCUAGAAUGUUUCAAAAUACUCAGGAGAUGUUAUUGAGGAGGAAAUUAGAAGAACAAGCUGAAUUGCAGCAAGUCAUUGAACUCCACGGGAGAAGGCUAAUGAAUCUGCAACUUCUUGACUUCAAAAACCGUAAUAAUCAGCAAUUUCAUGGUUUGUCUACUGGAUCUCCCAUUCUCUCACCAACUCUCUCUCGCAACACUAACAAUAGCCACAACCUCAUUUUUCCACCUGAUGGCAUCGAUCAAGAACUUCCCGAAGAGAAUAGUGGUAACCCAGAUGCUGCAGCAGCUUCUAGAAAUGCGGUUCCUGAAGCUGAACAGGAAGUGAAUCCAGAUGGGCAUGACAGUAACGGCAAUAGCAAAAGCAAUAGUAUUAGUAGCAUGGAGGAGAAGACCAACCCUGAAGAAAGUGAUCUCCAUGAAAGUCUGGAGCAUAUCCUGCCAGAGAACCUUUUUACUUCUCCUAAGAAAUCAGCUGGCGACCACACAAUCUUCUCCGCUGCUGCUUUGGAGGUCGAUGAAACGAGUACAUCUUCAAACAACCCCAUAAUGCCCACCAAUUCCACUCUCAGCAUGACUUCACUUGAUUCGUGUUUUCUCCAAAUGCCCAGGAUUUCUUCCGGGCAUGGAACCAUUGGCAUGUAGUUGGCAGAGGUGAGCAUGGCCAGCAAUGGGGAGAUUGACUUUGCUAGGAAAUAUUGGAAAAGCAUUAUACAAGGAAGAAAAAGAAAUCCUCUAGCUGUAUAGCCAAAAACCAUACAACAAAGAAAAAGAUCUGUGGACAAGAUCUCAGCAAGAUCACCAUCAUCAUCAAUACAUACUACUUACAAUGAAUAGAUAAUGCAUACAUAAAAGGAAAGAUGAACUGAUAUAUGGGAGUGGGGUCUUUCUGUUUUUCCUCACUGUGUAGUGUACCCUCUUCUCUGUGGGUGAGUGUGUGUGUGUGCUGGACUACACAGCAAAUAGCAGAAGAAUCAAAAGGCUAGCAGUAACUCACUCUCUUAUCAUCUGUAAUUUAGUCUUUUUCUUUUACUUUGUUUUACCAUCCUUAAUUUCUUGUUGUUAUUGAAAAGAAAAGAUUGAACCCUAUAUAGAAAUGAGGUUCUUGUAUCUGUAUGGACAAGUAGAAGGAUACUUCUAUGUCAUUAUGUGUACAGAAUAGACCCAGAAGUUUAAAGAA